AUGCCCGUGUAUGGAGCAUUUCUAACCUCGUACCUAAAUCGAAAAGCACUAGAACAUAUAUCUUGUUUUUCAUGUGGUGACACAAAUUACCCAUUUCUCUUUGGCAAACGCAGGACUUUGCCAUCAGUAUGUCUAGGAACCUUCCAAGGCAACAAUGGCAAUGAUAAAGGGCCCUUGAUAGAUCUUAUAUUUGUGCACGGCUUGAGGGCUAGAUCCAGGAAAGCAUGGUCGAUAUCAGAGGAUGCACGUCAUUACUGGCCGAAGGAGGGGCUACCUCACGACCCUGACUUCAAGAAUGUCAAAAUUUCUUCACUCGGGUUCAAAGCAGACUGGGCAGAGACAAACGGUAAUGAGCUUGAUGUUAGCAACUUCGCACAAUCUCUACUCAUUCGAUGGUUGGCAAAAUCUUCCUCUGAUGCACCUCCAGUAUUCUGGCUGAGCAGGAAUCCUGCAUCAGGGAAAUACGUUCUCGCUGGUCAUGUUAUCGACCAUCUAGAGCAAAAAAUCUUGCAUCACCAAAUGGCACGAUCCAAUCCGGAUCUUCAUUACAAGUCGUCACAGUACGAUGGGGAUAUUAAAUCAUUCUUGCAAAAUCAUUUAGACGAACUUCCUCUGGGCACGCUUGAAAGACAGGAGGAGUUAACUGAGCGGAUACUGGCUAUUGAAAAAGUGAAGUUUCCCACAUUUGGGACCAGAGAUCAGUUUAUUGCUUCCUCGGGAAUAUCCUCGAGACAGAUUUGGGAUUUCGAAACAGGAGGGACGAAGCGUUCAUUCAAGCUCGGCUGUCGAAUAAUAGCCUUCCGAUUUACCCCUGAAAACCAUGGAUUAAUACUGCUAGCCAAUGUUCUUAUCUCACCGGGCCUAAAGAUUAUAGCAAUUAGCUCCAAGGCAGUUCCUGUAUUCCUAUUCGGCUUAUACAACGAAGUUGAGUGUAGUGAGCUUGUUCAAGAUCAAGGACUAAUGAAAAGCCUUGGUGGUACUUACUAUCACGCAUCAGCCAUGGCUUUCAAUCCGAAUCCUGAUGUCAACCUACUAGUCGUCUAUCAUGGCUAUGAAGAGCUUGUGGUAUUUGAUUCAAAAACAAUUGAAUUCAAGCACCGUACACCAGAUGUACAUGCCUAA